AUGUUUUCUCGCGUCCUCACGCGCAAUUUCUUCUUCCGGCGCGGUCAGCAUGCAGACAGUUCCGCAAAGCAGAACAAAGCCGCUCCGCGGUCGCGUUCCGCCUCUCCUGAGCGGCGGGAGAUCAAGAACGUACUCCAGCCUAGCUCGCAGAAUGUCGUUGCAGGAGACAAUGCACAGGCCGAUACGCCUCAGGUUGACAACGAAGAGCCGGUCUCGAAGCCGUCGGUGCAGAGUAUGAACGAACAGGUCGACGAGCAUGACGAGAAUUCUCCUGCGCGAUUCCAGCCAUACGUCGAUCCUGACAGCCGCACGGAGACCUCGCUUGGGGAUGUUGACCAAUCCCUCGUUUUCCAGGGCUGCGAUCAUAGCCUGACCCCGUCCGUGCAAGACACGACCACUUCCUUCAUACUGGUCAACGCCUCGAACGACGCUGUGAAGCCUCUGGAACUGGACGAUGAGAGCGACGACGGGGAGGAGCAAACGUUCGAAACGCCACAGCUGGGUUCGUCGCAGUCAGAGGAGGACAUGUCUUUGGACCCUGUCGUCGAUGUGGUCCACCAAGCGAUCGAGACACCGAAUCCAGGAUCCUCAGCCUUCGUGGAGGCGCUCUUCCCCGAGCCUGAUGCGAUCACUGUGAGACUGCCUCCCCCAAUUGUUCCAUCUGAACAGGUCGACAUCGGCCCCGAGGCGGUCAAUUUCCUCAUUCUUGACUGUACACCCAGUGUCAGUGCCGAUGACUUGUCUCUUGAGCUUGAGCAGACGUCUCUCGACAUGGAGCCGCUCUCUCUGCCUACUGGGCUGUUAUCCGACAUAACGGAGGAGCCGAGUCUCUCUGAACUCUCCUGCAGGAGCCGUGCUGAUGGUUCCGAAUCCUUAGAGGUGACGGUAGACGCACAUAAAGCCGAUCUAUCCUUCGCCUCUUUCGGUUCUUCCUAUGCCAACUCCCACUCCGCGGACACGUCUAUCGUCCUUCCCUCGGAGCCGAGGUCAACGCCCUCUACGCCUACCCGCUUCCAGGAGGUGAUGCAAAAUAUCCUAGCAGAAGCAGUAGCUUCACGGAGUCCGAAUUGGGGUGACGUCGAUGUCUCCAAGAGUCCUGUCCUUCCCCCUCCCACCAUCACUGCUUCGUUGUCGGCGCCAGCCACAUCAGGUGUUGUUGAUCGUCCCUGCUCUCCUGUGGUUGAAUCCUUGGUUUCGUGCGCUGUUUCUUCUGAGGACCUACCUCCUCCUUCGGGCAGUCAGCUGCCUAUUUCGAGCCUGGGCUUGGUGCAGCAGAAUGACACGAUCGCAGCAAGCGUCGGCGUUGAAGCUACGGUCAAACUCCCUGACAUCCCUGCGCCUUCUACGUAUGCGGACGCUAUGAAUCUGGCACUACAGUAUCCGGAAAUGUCGGCGAGACUGUUGCAAGAACCCUUGGCAUCUCCCUCCAGCUGUCCUACCCCCGCACGGUCAGCUAGCCCCGCCAGAUCUGCCGCCGCCCCGCCCCACAAGAAGGCUGCGGAUGUUGCGCCCGCCAAAGCGGCAGCGGCACCUGCGAGCGGGAAAUCGAAGAAGAACAAGGGUGCUGCGCACUCGAAGGAACGGCCCACCUGGGCACGGGCUAUCGAGGAUCUCAAGGCUGAUCUCCAACAGCGUCCGCGUGGGCGUAGCAUUGCUGUCGCAUCCAGUCGCACACACGACGGACCGCGUAACGGGCAACCCAGCAAUCGAGAGCCCACAGUGGACGCGCAGCCUCCCGCCGACGCAUCUCGCCCGCUGCAGCCAUCCACUCAGGCAGCUCCCAUAAAUCCUCGCUCGAGACAGCCAUCCCCAGUGAAACCAGCUGUAUCUACUGAGCCCUUUCCAAGCGACGCGUCGCCUGAGAAGCCCUCCGUUCCUGGAAAAGCCGACUCGCCACCCCAGUCUCCCGAGAAACGUCCAGUCGGCCUCUCUAAGCGUUAUCUCAAAGGGGAGAGGGUGGCCGUAUGGCUUCCUCGCGUUCACUCUUGGGUUCAGCAGACGUCCAGUGUUGACCAGACCUCCCCGAGCGCACACAACACCCCAGCGGGCUCGCUGGAAACGUCGCCUGCCAUGGCUCCGGCGGAGUCGUCGGCUCCCGAAGUUCAGCCUGCCCCAAUCACUCAAGCCCGCCCUUCGUCAGGCCCCAAGGAGCAGCCGGUCGCUAAGGAUGUGCCUGCUCCUAGCGAUGCUAAGGCCCCCACGGUUCCUCGUGCGACCCCUACCACGUCUCCGCUCAACCCUCUUGCUCCGAUCUGGGAAUUCAAGCCGCAUCAACGGGCAGCGACUGCGACCUUCCCCCAGCAGAACCCUCAUGGAGCCCCUUUCAUGAACUCGUCAGCACCUCCUGGAUCUCACGGUCCUUUUCCCCACGGCAUAGAAGCCGAUCUCGAACGUCUUCGGGUAAUGCUUCAUAACUCUGGGCUCGAAGAUAGGCGGCUCAGUGCUGCGCAGCCGCACCAGCCUCGUUCUAUCUGGGGUUCGCCGGAACAUGCUCAGGCUGCCGCUCACACCAAUACGGUCCCUCACAACAUCAUUGUACCAAUGAACUCGAGGCAUAACUUCCACGCCCCACCCGCCCCACGGACGAACCUCGCUGCACCUCCUGGCAACGUAGGGCGCCAGCGUACACAGACUCACAUUCCUCUCAGCCAGCAGGCUUCGUGGCAAGGCGUACCUAGUCGUCCCGGCCUCACCGCGCCUGAGCAGCUUGCUGGUGCUGGCGGCGCUCCGGGAUUCGUGUCUACGGCGAACCUCCCCCCACCGGUCCCCUAUCUGUCGAUGACGAUGUCUGGGCUCUCUCCGCUGUCGCAAAUGGCUUCACGCGCUGCUCUGGAUGCACAGCCUAUAGGACCUCGCCCGCAGGGCGCACCCCACCACGCUCCUGCCCAGCUUCCACCCGCGUCAAGGGCCCGUUCUGGGAGCGUUUCUCUGCCUAUGAGCCAAGCGGUUCAGUUCGCCAACGCGGGGCGGCACCCGAGUCGGAGUCCUGGAGAGACCUACUACUCUAGCUCUCCUCCUGCUCCUCCUGGAAGUGGACGUCCUUGGCCCCCGGCGAACGCUCCGGCUGCCGUACCGAACACUAGGUUCUACGGGAUUGAGACUCCACUGGUCGUCUUCGACAAGCAUGGGUGGACUGUCAACAACAAGUAA